UAGACGUCCACAAGCCACUAACUACAUCAUACAAACCAUUGAAACCACAAUGAAAACAGUCUCCCUCAUCCUCCUCCUCGCCGGAGUUCUUUCCGCCUGUAUCCUAACCACCACCGCCCAGAACUGUGGCUGUGCUCCGGGAUUAUGCUGUAGCCGAUUUGGUUUUUGCGGCAGUGACGAGGCAUACUGUGGCGCCGGAUGCCAAGAAGGAUCGUGCUUUGGGCCUCCUCCGACGAAUGACGUGUCGGUUGCUGAUAUUGUGACAGAUGCGUUCUUUGAUGGAAUCGUGGACCAAUCAGAUUCUAGUUGUGAAGGAAGACCGUUUUAUUCACGCGCCGCUUUCCUUGAAGCUGUUGGAAAUUAUCCGCAAUUUGGUAGAGUGGGUUCUGAAGAUGAUUCCAAACGGGAGAUAGCAGCUUUCUUCGCUCAUGUCACCCAUGAAACUGGACAUUUUUGCUACAUUGAAGAAAUAAACGGUCCUUCAAGAGAUUACUGUGACGAAGAUAAUACCCAAUACCCAUGUAACCCUAGCAAGGGUUACUAUGGUAGAGGUCCGAUUCAACUCUCAUGGAACUACAACUAUGGUCCAGCUGGGAGGAGCAUAGGGUUCGAUGGAGUAAACAACCCUGAAAUUGUGGCUACAGAUCCGGUCAUUGCCUUUCGAACUGCAUUGUGGUUUUGGAUGAACAAUGUUCAGUCAGUCUUAGGCCAAGGGUUUGGAGCGACAAUUAGAGCUAUAAAUGGAAUGGAAUGUGAUGGUGGGAAUCCGGACACUGUAAGUUCUCGUGUCCGGUAUUAUACUCAGUAUUGUGAUCAACUUGGUGUUGCACCAGGUGAUAAUCUGCGGUGUUAGAGUAUUUGACUUUGUGUUUUUAUUUCUUUAUAUAUUAUAUGAAUUACAUGUAUUGAUUUAGAUAUUUGAUACCACAAAGUUGUUCAGAAUGUGGCAUUUGUAUCUAUAUGUGCUACGUGAUAUGUUGAUAUAGAUCUUUAUA